UAUAUAAAGUUCACCUUGGAACUGUUGGAAAUUAUGGAUUCUACGGGCCAAACUUUGAGAUUAUGUCCUCUUUCUUUAACUGCUUUUAAGAGUAUCUAAAAACACACAACAGUAUAUUUUCCUGUAAUACUAACCCCCCCCGUACACAACAGAUCCAUUGUCAUUUAUAGAAAAGCAUCAUAGGAAUAUUGAGGGUUAUAGGGAACCUUUCUUUGCUGGGGGUUAUCCCCAUACCCUCGGGUACUACGUUCUAUGCAGUAGUACUACAGCAAAGGAAUCUGUUGUGUGCUGGGGGUAUUCCAUACCCCCCCCCCCCCCCCUAGAAAACGUUUACACUUGAGCAACGUCAGAAUAGUUUUCGGGAAAGAGUCAUCAAGUCCUGUUCUCCUUAAACAUACAACACAGAACGUAAUACAGAGGGGUCUGGAAUACCCCCCAGUACAUACAACAAAUCCAUUGCCAGUUAUACAAAAGUAUCAUGGGAGCACUGAAUGUUGUAGGGAAAAUUUCUGUAAAUGAUUAUCCCCAUCGGGUACUUGCGUUGUGGGCAUACCCACCGUAUCACUUUCUCACACAAAAUAUUUAGACUUUGGCCCUUUCAAGAAAGGUUCAUCCCACCCUUUUCUCCCAAGGGGUGCAGCACAGAACGUAGUACCGGGGGGGUCUAGGGGUGUAUACACAACAGAUCCAUUAAAAAAAAAAAAGGGUGUCCUUUCAUAAACUUUUAGAGCUCUUCUCGCUUUAAAUGUGGUCAUUAAAACUGUGGUAUGUUCAUAUAGGUUUUUAAAGCCUUCUAUGAGUUUCUGAAGGGCACGAGAUGUUUUAUGCUCUUAUGGGCUUAGAAACGCCUUUAGGAGCCGCCUUUAAAGAUCACCCAGAGCUUCUAAUAGCCUUAACGAACAGAUCAGGAGCUUUAAACGUCCUUGAGGAAAAUUCGAGCCUUAAAAACCUUUUAUGGGUUUUUAAACUUUGCUUCAAGAGCCUACCAAAAGCUGUUUUUCUCUCAUUAAAAUCCAAACUCAUGAAUUAAGCCUUUAUGGAUCUCCGGAAACCUUUAAGGGACGUCAAACUGCUUACGAGAACCUUCAAAGAUAUUCCGUAAGCUUUUAGAGUCCUGGACCCAAUGCCAAGUCUUUAAGACGAUCAUCAGGAUCAAGCGAAUGUGGCGCAUUCCCAUUGGAGGCUUUUUCUAUGCUACGUAAGCAAAUUGAAUUGUGUUUAAUUCCAUCAAUGCCGAAGUGAUAAAUAGCGAAAUUCUUGCUCUUGUAUUGGUGUUAUUUCCUGUGAACAUAGAUAAUUUUAUAUAAAUAAAUCAAAUUUACGUAUCGUAUGUGCUAAAUGCAUCACACCUUUAAAGGUUUUGAGAAUUCUGUAUGCAACUCGUCUACAGUCAAUGUACAAAUUGAACUGUCGCCAUUCUGAUAUUUAGUGGACGUUAACAAUUUACAGAAUGCACGUCGGAUACGCCACUGGAAUUAAAUAAAUGAAAAUCAGUUAGUGCCAACCUUACACAAUUUUUAUUUCGCGGGAAAUUCAAAAACAAACCCAGCACUUUUAAAAAUGGCCGCGCCGAUAAAGCAAACGCCUCGUUUUCGAGUUAGUAGCAAAAAUGAGCGCAGUUACUAGUUACACGAGAGCGGGUCCAUCGUUAAUUGUACAAUGGCAAACGCGCGAACUAAUUCCAGUUGUCAAAACAACCGUGGCGGCGCCACUAUCGCGACCGUGCUUCAAACGACCGCCAUCAACGGUUUGUGGUGAAGAUUUUAAAAUCGUAGCGGCGGUUAACAAAAUACGGUAAUCAAAUGAUUUUCAAAUUUUCCAUUUUUAAAACAGAUUCACUUGCAAAAUCUCUGUUUUGUUUAAAAAUUUGAAAGUAGGAAUUAAUAUGUCAGUUACACGGCGUAAACGUCACUAGCUUUUGAAGUAGUUCUAGCUUUCAGUCAGUAACAUGACUUUCAAGCUCAAAUUUCCGUCGCCAUUACGCGUGAGUGAUUUCAGGUGGAAUGGCGCUGUACAUGAUGGACCCGGAUUUGAUAGUGAUCGACCCGGACUCGGCCGACGGGUACAACUUGGAAAGCGCGAGUAUCAAGCAAGAGGCGGAAAAGGGGCAAAUCUUUGAUCUGGAGAGCCUCGAUGGACGGAAGCUGAUUUCGAAGCACGCCAUUCAAUUGGGCGACAUCAGCGAGGGCGACAGCGGCACGCACUUCGUCAAGCACGUAAUGCAGGACGACAAGCUGAGCAAAGUGUGGGAGUGCAGAAUUUGCGCGAAGGAGUUCGGCCACCAGUACACCCUCAUGCGUCACCUCCCCACCCACACCGACGAAAGGAAAUACCAAUGCAACGUGUGCGGCAAGGCAUUCCGGCAGAUGUCGACCUUAUCCCAGCAUCGGGCCAUCCACUCGGCCGACAGGCCGUACAUUUGCGAGAUGUGCCACAAGACCUUCAAUCGCGUCUCCACCCUAAUCUCGCACCGCAAGACGCACACCGGACUCAAGCCGCACCAGUGCCACCUGUGCAACAAGGCGUUCCACCAGAAAGGUAAUUUGAGAAACCACAUUUUCACGCACACCAACGAGCGACCGUACAAGUGCGAGAUAUGCUUCAAGGGCUUCAAUCAGAUGUCCAACUUGAUGUGCCACAAAAUGAAGGCACAUCAUCGCUCCGAUAAACCGCGCCACAUGUGCCAAAUUUGCGGACGAGAUUUCGAGAAGCGCAUCAGCUUGCGCAACCACGAGCAGUGCGAGCACGGUCUCGAAAGUCCCGAAUCCAGCGCCACCUCCUUUUCCGGUGCCAAAUCCUCCAAUGGAGUGCUGGUCGAACCCAUUAAAACCGCCGCCAUGCAGCACGCCCUGGCCACUGACCAAACUCCCUUCGCCCUUCUUCGCCCAUUAAACGGCAUCCCUGUGUUGGUACGAGUUUUGGCCGCCGGUGAUAAACAGAUGCUGAUACCUGCGACCGCCGAGGACUUGAAAAGGCACGGGCAAAUCACGAUCACGCCCCAGGUAGACGAAGGCGUCAAGAAGGAAGGCGAUCCUCUAGCACAAGUCGAUGAUCUCGACGACGCACCUUCCACAAGUAAAUCUCUGGGAAGCAACGUGCAGAUCAAGAUCCCCGUGGUUGCGACCGUCGUGCAGCGUUGCGGACAGGACGGAAGCGUGAGCAUGGCGAUCGAAAGUCCGGGACCGUCCGGCGACGAAAUCGGACAAGACCACUACUUCCUACCGUCGACCACCCUCGACGACAUUCACGCGCAAUUCAGCUCCCACGUCAUCACCCCGGCGAAUAUUCAGUACAUCGACGAAUGCGGCAACGUUGUCCCCUUCGACGAGUUCAAGGAGAAAAAUCAGACAUGCGGAGCGCUUCAGUACGAUCACUCAAUCGAAACGAUGUCUUUUCCGGACAGCGAAAGCUACGGCGACGAGUCGAACGCCAUUCUCGGGAUUUUAGAAAACGACGAGGCGAUCUUGAACAAUUCCAAAGAAUUUUCUUUGUCCAACGGUUGCGAUCUUGGUUUGUCAUAAUUUAGCGACGUGUUUGUGUUACUCGUUUGUUUUUUUCAUUAAUGUUCAAGAUUCUAGUCAAUUUAUUAGUAAGUUCUCAUAUCCUUGUUUAGCACUGUUCCAAUGCUGAUAAUUAAAUGUUACAAAACCCAUUCCGAACCCAAAAAAAGCAGCAAUAAUAAAGGAAUAUGGAAA